AUGUCCUACGCCGACGCCGCUGCCAAGGGCCCCAAGCAAGCCCCCGAGGAUGUAAGCGUGAGCGGCAUCUACAAAGAUGAAUCUGAAAGCACCGCCUCCCUCAUCGACGUCGACUCCCCCCACGUCCAAGCCGUUGACCCAGACUUCCUCAACCAGGAAGUGCAAACUACCACCCAAGCCGAGCGCCUGGAGCGCGAAGCCGAGGAGAAGGAGCGCGAGCGCGCCCGUGAAGACGCCCGCAAGAAGGCCAAGUCUCGCAAGGUCCAGAGCAGUGGUCUCUCUGCCAAUUCCGGAAACCCGGUCUAUAUUGGCAAUGCUGUUGUGAUGACUUUGGUCGGUGCGGGUCUUGGGUUCGGCGCCUAUCGCCAGCAUGUUGCUGGUAAGCUCUCGUGGGAGCUUGUGGGUUUGGUGUCUGGAGCUGUGGGCGCUUUUGGUGUGGUUGAUUAUUACGUUAGCAAGUGA